GGACUACAUUAUAACAGUGCUUGUGGACAAAAGACUGCGGGAAGAAAUAACAACAUGUCUGAAAGUGUUCCUGUCAGUUCACAAGUCAGAACAAUACAAAUCCCCAAGUCUAUGAAGAAUGCAGCCUUUCUUAAGCACCCAGAUCUGACUAUGGGACAGAAACGGUACUUAUGCAGCAUUGCCCAAAUCUACAGCACCAGCAACAUGAGAGCCAUACUUGACCAUCAGCUGCAGUCACAGAUAAGAUGUGGCUCAAGGAAAGCACAAUUGUACCACAGGACUUCUGGGAAAUUAAAGGAUGGAACAAAGGAUCAUUGUGCAAGGUCACAAAUGAACCAUUGUGAAACCAAAAGUAAAUCAUGCAUUUCUGGAAUAGAAGAUAACAUUUCUGGAAUGGAAGCAAUGUCCAUCAUGGAAGACAAACAGCAGGCCGCUGAUGCAACUGCACUGACCAUUGAAGAAACCACAAGUCAUUGGAUCAAGUCUCUAUCAAUAAAUGACAGCAAACAUGAUCAGUGAAACGGCUGAAUACAGGAUAAA